AUGACGAGAUUACUAGAGAAUUUCCACAAAUAUCGCGAAGCAACAAGCAAUGAAUUGGCGUAUAACGAGAUCAUGGACCUGACGCCAGUGUCUGAGUUUGUUUUAAGAUGGGCAGAGGAAGCUGAUUAUAUUACAAUUCUGAAAGAAAUCUUUGAACCCGUGGUGUUUCCGGAGAAUGCAACUAAAUUCCUUUCGGAUUUUUUCUCUGAGUGGCAAAAGAAUUUGGAAAGUCUUUUGGAACCGGAAGCAGAUCUUUUUCUAAAGAAGUUGAAGAGGCUCAUCUUCGAGAUGUUACCAACGCUUCUCGACGCAUAUGAGAUGGCAGAAAAUAAUCCUUUAAAAAAUAAUGAUAUGCUCGAAGAAGAAUUUAUGAACGUGUAUAUUCAUCCCGUCUUAAAGAAGACGCUUAUGCGGUUUGCAGGAAAUCGCUAUGUCCCCGAUUAUCGCGUCCAGUACCGGAAGUUGGUCACAAACCAGAAAGGUAACGCUGACCGCGCGGACGGAAUCGCGUAUACGUCCGACGAAAAAGCCUAUGAGAUUUCCGUUACAGAAGGUAGCAAGCCGUAUCAUAUCGAUCGUAGAAAAGAAACCUCGGAUUACAUUCAAAACGGACGGGCAGCAAAAGAUUUAAUGAACUUUGUAGUAAUUUCGGAAGUGAAGUUAAACGGAAGCUGCCAGCGCAGUGGCGAAGCUACAUGGUGCAAUGCUUCGGGUUGCAUCUCCGUUUUUAUUUCAUGGAUUACCUCGGAACGUACCGUCUGUUCGAAAUUAAACAUGUGA